AUUGCCGCUAAUCUCUUCCUCCGACUCUUAAAACCAAAAUUACUAUUAUACCCCAAAAAAUGACAGAGCGUGUGUCUCUCACACUCAACGGAACCCUCCUUUCUCCUCCCAAAACCACCACCACAACAACAAUGGCUUCUUCUCUCCGUUCCACCACCGCCGCUUCUCGUCUCCUCCUCUCCUCCUCCUCCUCCACCAGAUCCACUCUCACUCUCUCCGCGUCCUCUUCUCUCUCCUUCGCUAGAUCUCUCGUCUCUUCUCCACUUCUCUCUUCUUCACCCCUUUCUCAGAAGAGACAUCGAGUUUCGUCGGUGAAUCGGAGCUUCAACUCCACCGCCGCAACUACUAACUGUUCAGCUUCAGAUCCUGAUCAGUUAAAAAAUGCUCGAGAAGAUAUCAAAGAGCUUCUCAACACCAAAUUCUGCCAUCCAAUUUUGGUUCGCUUAGGGUGGCAUGAUGCUGGUACAUACAAUAAGAACAUUAAGGAAUGGCCACAGAGAGGUGGAGCUAAUGGAAGUUUGAGAUUUGAGAUUGAGCUUAAGCAUGCUGCUAAUGCUGGUCUUGUGAAUGCUUUAAACUUGAUUAAGGAUAUCAAAGAGAAGUACUCUGGGAUCACUUAUGCUGAUUUAUUCCAAUUGGCUAGUGCUACUGCUAUAGAGGAAGCUGGAGGACCUAAAAUACCGAUGAAAUAUGGAAGAGUUGAUGCGUCUGGUCCUGAGGAUUGUCCUGAAGAAGGAAGGCUCCCUGACGCUGGUCCUCCUUCACCUGCUAAUCAUCUUAGAGAAGUUUUUUACAGAAUGGGACUAAAUGACAAGGACAUAGUUGCAUUAUCUGGUGCUCACACGUUAGGAAGAUCUAGGCCAGAACGUAGUGGUUGGGGGAAGCCAGAGACGAAAUACACGAAAGAGGGACCGGGGGCACCAGGAGGACAGUCAUGGACUCCAGAGUGGCUGAAGUUUGACAAUUCUUACUUCAAGGAAAUCAAGGAAAAGAGAGAUGAAGAUCUCCUUGUCCUACCCACUGAUGCUGCCAUCUUUGAAGAUUCUUCUUUCAAGGUCUAUGCUGAGAAGUAUGCUGCCGAUCAGGAUGCAUUCUUCAAGGAUUACGCUGUAGCCCAUGCGAAGCUCAGCAAUCUUGGAGCAAAAUUUGACCCAUCUGAGGGUAUCGUUAUCUAAUGGGGCACCUAAUUUACUCAGUCCAGACUUAUGAUAUAGAAACGUAGUCUAAUAAUGAUAGAGAAGAAAAGCAACGAGGAGUACUUUUCGAGAUAUCUUUUGGACAAUGUUUCUGGCUGUUCAAAGGAUUUUGCGGUACAAUUUGGUUGAUCGUUUUCACGUUGGAAUCAUCAUAAUGGUUUUGGGCUUUCUGAUGUUUUUCUUGUAAUAAAUUGCGGAAGCGAUA